UAUUACAUCUCAAUCAAUCUCAAAGCUUAUUCGAUCUCUAGAAUAGUUAUGAGUAGUUGUUGUUGUAGUAGUAGAGAUCGAAUCAGCGAUUUGCCGGAUGAGAUUCUUGGCAAAAUCCUGUCAUUAGUUCCGACAAAGGUAGCUGUUUCCACAUCGGUUCUGUCCAAGAGAUGGAGGAUGAAUAAUCUGCUGGCUCAUGUAGACACGCUUAGCUUCGAUGAGUCCAUGGUUGUGUAUCCCAACGAAGAAGCAGUCAGUGGUUCUUCAGAUCGCUUUUUAGAAUUCCUAGACAAGACAUUAAGAAACUGUCCCACCAAGACGAUCAAGAAGUUCUCUCUGAGUCAUAGAGGAGGCCGUUUCACUAAGUCCCCUGCUGUCUACGGUUGGAUCUUGAGUGCAAUGGAGGAAGAAGAAAGUUUAUUAGAAGAAGUACACUUGGAAUGCACCAGAGUUGAAGUUAGUUUAGAGAGAAAGUUGUUAAGGAGCAACACACUUGUUAAGCUCACUCUAUCCCGUGAAUAUUGUCUUGAAGUCGACCGUGUGUACUUCCCUGCCCUCAAAUCACUUUCUCUCUUAACUGUUGGAGGCCUUGAUUAUAACAACUAUCGCCGCCUCAUCAAAGGCUGCCCUCUCCUUGAAGAAUUAUUCAUAACUGACAUCGGUGCUGAUGCUGUUGAUCCUUAUCCUCCAUGUUGCACAGCCUCUGUCAAAAGUGCUUCCAUCAAACGACUUGUGGUCUCUGUCGAUAUGCCGUAUGGUGGUCCUCGUAACGAACAUUCUUUUCGAGAUUUACAUUAUCAAAGUUAUGUUAAAGCACCAAGUCUUGUCUACCUUGACUAUUCUAGUCAUGUCUUUAUGAAUUAUCGCUUUCUUGAUUUGGAUUCGCUUGCGGAAGUCAGACUCAAUCUCAAGUUAUGGGACCAUCACAAGCCUAUAUAUGGUGAUGUUACAAACCUAGCUGCGGGUAUAAGCAACAUUACUACCCUUCACUUGUCUCCUGAUUCACUUGAGGCGUUUCAUUUCUGCUGUAAAUCUAUGCCGGUGUUCAAAAACCUCCUUGACUUAUCUAUUCAGAGCAACAAGAAGAAAUGUUGGCAAGUAAUGCCACUUUUGCUUAACCGUUGUCCAAAUCUACACACUUUAGUCUUUAAGGGUCUUGUGCACAGAGUCACGGAUAAAUGCGGAGAUGCAUGCGCUUGCACUCCUAAUAACAAACACAAGAAGAAGAUGAAGAAGAAGAAGAAGAGUAAGGUAAUAUCUUGUUUAUGGACAUGUCCAGUGAAAGUGCUAGAGAUUGUAGAGUAUGGAGGUUCUUUUCAAGAGCUGAAACAAAUGAGACAUUUCUUGGGAAAGUUGGAAUGUCUUGAAACCGUGAGAGUUGGUGGUAUUGAUGCGGACAACACCAUCGUCUUGCGGGCUAAUUUGUUAUCUCUCCCCAUAGUUUCAUCAAAUUGCAACAACAUCCACUUCAUCUGAUUCUUUUCUUUCUCUUGCUUUCUCAAUAUCUACUGCCUUGCCUUGUUGUUUCCUUUAUUUAUUUACAAGCUCAAAGAUAUGGAUAUAUGUUUGAGAAUAAGAGUUGUAAUAUGAUGUUUCAUUUUAAGACAAUUUUGUUGUAUCAAAACAGUAAUGCUUUAUACAAUUUUCUGGUUUUCCGUU